AUGGAAGAGGCUGAAGCCACACAAUUUCUCGAGUCUCUGCUGGGCAAAACACUGCAUGUGACUGUUCCAGAUGGACGCCUUUUCACAGGAACAUUUCGAUGCACUGAUAGCGAUAGUAAUAUCAUCUUGUCGAAUUCCUUUGAAUAUCGAAUGCCAUCAAAUGCUGCCGAGAAAGCCGCCCGGGAAAUAGUCAGAACCACCGGUCAAGCCAGCAGAGCCGAUAUGACGUCGAGAUUUGUCGGCCUGAUCGUGAUUCCGGGCAAAGAGAUUGCAAAGAUGGAAGUCGAAGGGAAAAGAGAUUGGCCUAGCAGUGGACAGUCUUUGUCGGUUCGUACAAAAUCGUAA